UGUGGAAUGCAGCAGGUGCUUCCUCGAUUGGUCACUGUGGGAUGUUUCUACUUGGUGGCCAAUAGCGGAGGCAGCAGCUCUCGGACUCUCUGGGAGUCACAGAACUUUAUUAUUCAUUCCUUUCUAUCCCUGUUUCGCCUUCUCAUAAUUCUUUUCUCUCUGUUCUUUGUAGUAUAGUUAUAGUGUGGUCUUUUUAAUGUAAUAUAUAUCAUAAUAUAAUAAACCAGCCUUCUAAAAUGGAGUCAAGAUCUCUCCUUCGCUUCACCAAGUCCUAACUGCCCUGAAGACCCACAGCAAUACUCUAAUAUUUUCCAUACAUCCAAAUGGCUAGGUCAGGUAGAGGAAGAGGACAUGCUUCAUUUGCCUUCAACAUGGAGACUACUAGCUUUGGUAAAGGUGCAGCUCUACCUGAUGACAUCUGUAAGCCUCCACCACCAUUUCCAGUAAGUACAGCGAGUAUCUUGGAGCGCAGUCUUUGUUCAGGUAAACUGAACAUGUGUUCACACUCAUGUUUAGAGAACAUAAUGAAAUACAUUAACCCCCCUAAGAACUUUGGAUUUUAUAAUAGUGUAAGUCACCAUUUUUCUAUGGACACUAAGCCAGUGCCUCUGAAAAUAAAAGAAGAUGAAGAUUACAUUUUGGCCUUAAAACAAGAUCUUAGAGAAACUACGAAAAAAUGCCAUACUUCUUCACAAUUGGAGAAGACUCCAAGAGAGAUGAAACCAAAUAAGGCAAAAAAAAAAGGUGCAAAACCAAAAAAGGCAAAAAACUCUGAGCCUAAAAGUAAUCUGGAUGUCAUUAAAGAAAAUGAAGUGCUAGAAAAGAAGGAUGAGGAAAAAGAAAAACCUGAAGAUGAGAAAGACAAAGAAGGUGAAGAUUACGAUGAAGCAGAAGAAAAAGAGGAAUAUGAUGAAGAGCAUGAAGAGGAAAAUGACUACAUUUCUUCCUAUUUUGAAAAUGGAGAUGGCUUUGGUGUUGUCAGUGAUGACAAUAUGGUUGAAGAAACAUAGUAGCUGUUGUUUCUAAGUGUUAAACUGCUCAAGCCUUAUACUACAUGAAGAAUAAUUCUGGAGAUAGGCUGAGUAUAAAUAGACCUAAUGCUUUAGGUCUGUUGGUUUUAAGCAGACUCUCCAAAAAUACAUUGGAGUUUAAUGGUACUAUUCUGUAAAAGAGGCUAGAGAAUCCUUUGUUUUGUUCUUUUGCUAAGUGUUUUGCAGACAUGCCUUUUUAAGGUCCUCUGGAAUGCCUACAAAUAGAGUAAGCUUUAUGCCAUUGUAUUUCCUCUGCACAGAAAAGAAAGUAUGCAUUUUACUCGAAAUUGUGUCUAAGCAUUUUCACUAGUCAAGUCUAUGCCUCAACAGUAAAAUGUUGAAACAAAUAACAAAAUUCUUGAUGACCACUGUAAAAAAAGGACACAAAGCCUUUAUGGACAUAAGCUGCUUGCUGGUAGCUGACUCCCUUGAAGAACUUCAGAUAACUUCUGAGUUCAGAUAACUGAAAAUAACUCACAACUACGCAUUUCAAUACAAACUGACUUGGAAGGACCUUAGUAAUAUAUACAAACAUGACAGUAAUUUGAAGAAUCAUUCAUCUAGUUAGACUAAGACGUUGCCUUUAGUAUUUUGGUUAAUAGGGACACAUUAAAAUAUGUUAUAUUACCUUAAUGAAUCAGCAGAAAUCAUAAUUAAGGAUAAUUUGGCUUAGAAGGAAUAUAUGGCAGAAUUUAAGAAAUUAUGGAAUCCUGGUUUACACCUGUGUACUCACUAGUGAUGGAAACUUGCAACCUUUGCCUCAGUUUCUCCACCUGUUAGGGCAGUACUUUUUUAUCUCAGCUGUUAAGUGAGCUGGCAGAUGUAAUGAUAGCUGUCUAUGUAAUUGUUGAUGUACUUAUUUAUUUUCCUACAGAAUGAACUAGACAGACAAAAAAUCAGUAAGAAACAAGCCCCAAAAUAUAGAAAAGGAGUGUGGUGAAUUAUUUUAAUGCAUGAUGUCUUAGUUAGAAAAAUAAGAGAAUGCCAAGAAAAAGCCAAAGCUGAAUGUUUGGAAACAUCUUUUUUUAUUUGAGAACCAACAGAUGUAGUGUUGAAAACUGACUAAUGAGGUUAGAUGCUUUAGGAACACUGUGACAGCACAUUCUCUGUAUUUUCUCUGUGUCUUCUGAUAGUAAAAAAUACAAUUUUUUAUCGUUACUACAUUACUGUUGAUGAGGGAUUUUGGGCUUUUUUUGUUGCUUGAUUUUGAAGUGUUAUUUUCUUAAGAAAAAGUGCUUCACCUUACUGAUGACUGGGAAACAAUUCUGCAUUAUUCUGUGAACUUCGGAUAUACAAAACACAGAGAGAAGAUGUGAGUGAGGCAAGGAUGCUGAAAAUUAAAUUUGCUUGCCAUGACUAUAACUGCUUCUGCCACCUGUUCUGCCUGUGCAAGGUGAAUGGUAAGACUCCUUACCCCCUACAAAAGAAAUGCAAAUAGAUGGAACCAUAAAAUUAACGCUAGAAAAGAGUUACUGCAUGAGUAACAAUUUGUUGACAAGUUGUGGCUUGCCUGAACAAGUACAGUAUCUUACUGAACAAGUACAGUAUCAUAUUCUGCAGCAGACAGUAAUUCUUGAGGACCGAUUACUUUCUCCAUUCAUCAUUCUUCUAAUGGCCAACUUCCUUCCUACUGUACUGUUGAGAAAUAUUACUCUGGUAAAAAUCAGGUCUUUUUGAGUCCUUUAAGAGGUAAACUGUAGUCACCUCUGUCCUCCAGAGGUAAUUGCAAAGUCUUAGGCUGGACCCUCCAGGAUUAGUUUAGCUAUGGUAAAUAAGGCAAUAGAUUAGGAACAAGUUCUACAAGGACACAGAUCACAGAUCAGUGCCAAGGCACUUCUGAAGAGCAGUUAGACUGUGCUCUUCUAGAUUUUCUGAUUGAUCUGAAUUUAUUGCAAGACAAUAAUGCCAAGAAAGCUUAUGACUGUUCUUCAGUUUUCAACAAACUUCAGAUUUGGACAUGCAUAUAUUCAAACCCUCAUUUAUAGCACAGAAUACUGCUUUCAGUGUCAUCUCACUGUCUAAGAACUUCACUGAUCCCUCCCUUAGUUGUUCAUACCUAUUUCUAAGAACUAAAAAGUUCUCCAAAAUUUAUGCAGAAAAGUUCAAAGUUUACAAGGCAUCAACAGAACAAACCAUAAAGGCUGCAAUUACGGUAUGCUAGAUAUGAAUACUGCCAACAAAGUACUUGCUGGCUAAGGAUUUUUAUAGUAGAUAUACAUAAAAAUUUGCCUAAACAAAUACAAGUAGUAGCCUGCUGUAAUAAAACAUGCAAAGUACAUAGAACUAAAAAUGUAUUAGAUGCACCAUUUUCACUGCAGUCUAAAAUAAAAUCUUUAUUUUACAUAUACUAAUUAUGUUUUUCUAAAAGCAGAGGAGCAGAAGGAUUUAAAAUAAGACUUGCAUCCUCACUCAGAAGUAUUUCACAAAGUUGUAUUUUCAGCCCUUAUACAAGUUACAAAGACUGUUUGUGAGAACUUAUUCCAAAGUGUACCAGACUUAAAACAUUUAGAUUUCAUAUGAUCCAGAAGUGCAAUAUGCAUUUAAAUUUAAAACCCAUUUUCCAAACAUGUUGCAAUUAUUCCAAAAGGUGAUUUACAACUCAGUUAUUCCAUGUUUGUGGGGGUUUUGGCUCUUUUUUUCUUUUUUGUUUGCUUUUGGGGUUUCUUUUGUUUAUUUGUCUUUGGUUUUGUUUGUUUGUUUAAGAAGUCAGUUUCUAGAAGACUACCUUCACAGAUUUUAUCUUGAGUCAGAUUAAAGUUCCUCACAGAGCAGUUAUCCUGUUUAUUCCAGGCUGUGAUGAUGAAUUACCGGCUGUGUUGUACUUUGGAAAAAAAGCUGUAAAGAUCCCCACAUUCUGCAGUAAGGCAAGCCAGCUGAUGGUUGUGGAUUUACCAAGAUGAGGAGUCCUACAGUCUUGACAAGAGUUCUACUGUAUCUUCUGAUAAAGUUAACUCUAAUUAAAAAUGAAGUCCGAAAUAUGCUACAUAAUACAUAUAAUAAAAACAUGCCAAGCUCUUGGUUAGAAUGGAAUAUGGUCCCAUAAAAUAGCUAUUCCUUUGUGGUUUUCUGAAGACUGCUUAUCCUAAGGUAAAUCAAGGCACAUCACCCUUAACUCGGUGCCAGUAAGACACAGGUCUUUGACACUGUAAAAACCCAAAGUCUGGGACACACUAGAGGACUCUUUAGCUGUACCACCACAGACCUCUGUAUCCAUACAUCAACAGGUCAGAGACCUUCCUGACCUAGUGGAACCACAACCACAAUUCACUUCAUUUCUGUACCAACAGUAAUUUAGUAACCGUAAGUCCAGGUAUGUGCUAUAUAUUAGACUUAUGCUGCAUCAUCACAUUAGCUAAUUUAAUGUUCUUUGAUGACUCCGCAAGAAAUGGAAGGAUUAAGUAUUAGAACUGGUGAGUUUCAGCAACAGGAUGGGAGAAGAAGCAAAACAAUAAAAUUAUGCAUUAUAUACCAAGUGUCAUCCUAUAUAGAAAACAUUUGUUUUAUGCACCAGAGCUUUCUUGUCUGAGUCACCUUUAAAAGUUUUAAGCAUGAGAGCUGUAUUGCUUUAGCCAUCAUAAAUUAUUUUGUGAAGCAUUUUUGCAUAUAACAUUAGAACUGCUACCUCGGUGUUUAUGUUUGUCUUACUGGCAUAUUCUAGUAAAGAUAAGAAUGACUCUUUGAAAAGAUCUUUGAAAAUAAGUGUUAUGCAAGCCAUCAAGUUUAUGCUGUUUGUAAUCCCUUUUCUAGGGUGGAGACUAUGAGUAGGCUCACUAUCUCCACAGAUGCUCCUUUAAUCAAAAGGUUCAACAGUCACAGAUCAUAGUUCAGGUACGUAACUUUACACCAUUUUCCUUCAAUCUUUGGCCUGCCUCAAUUUCAGUGUAAUACAAGUUAGGCAAUUUUUGUUCAUAUGCUUGGCAUGCCAGUGAAGACGAUCUGACCCACUUCUUGGGGAAACAGGUGCUCCAAGAUUAAAUGGUGCAUAACUCUUUACUCUCAGACUCUCACAAAACAUUUUGGAGUAUCUCAAUAGUUAGAACACAUUCACUUUACCUUUUUGCACUGUAUAAACUUGAAAAGGUUACAAUAGUAGUUUAAAGGAUGCUGACUGUUUUUCUACUUAUCUCUUUUUAAGUCCUAAUCCAGUUUGUUAUCUUGGGUUUUGGUAAUAAAUACUGUUUUGAACAGGGCAAUGGAAUUCUUGCUCCACAAGGCAAAUACAACCAAAAUAAUUUUAGGCACCAUCUCAGUUUUUAUUUAAAAGUAUUCAGUACACAAGUACCUCCUUUCUGCAUGAAGAGUCCAGAGGUGUGGGGGUUUUAUUUAUGUUUUUUAUGGGUUUGUUUGCUUUUUAUUGUGAAGCAUUCUUAGAUGGGGAAGAAAAAGAGAAAACCAAGGUUGAUCAUGAAAUGCCAAGAGAAACAUUUAAGAGGGGAUUGGUUAAUAAAUACAUUAAUAUGUAAAGUACAAGUGUGUAGAUGCAAGUUGUCUAUUCUGCUCAAAUUUGCUAGCAGGCAUUAAAUAUAAUUUGAAGUCUUCUAUGACAUUUCAGGAAAAAGUUAAGAGCUUGAGGUUCAUGGGCACAAGACUAGUAUUAGCAUGCUCAGUACCCAUAUGACUGCUAUCUGAUCAAUCACUUGGUCCUGAACUGAGAUUAACUGAUGGGGAAACAGAGAAAUCUAUUAGCAGAAAAUAAGGACUACUGGGGCAGUUGCAGCAAGGUGCCACACUUCUGCACUUCUUUUAUUCUACACAUAAGUGACCAGAUAAGAAUGCAGUCUAGUCAGUUUUCAGCAGGAUACCAAGGAAGAAUGUAAAGUUUCAAGAGGACUGCCAAGUGGACUGUGUUGAGGCACAGAAUCACAAAGAGAAAACAAAUUACCCUAGUGCCUAUACUGAAAAGUACUAAAGAAUGGGUUGACCAUAGGCACAAGAUUUCAAGAUUACAGUUUAAGUGUUUGCUAUUGCCUCUGUAAAAAAGAACUUCAUACUGGCCAUUAAUUAUGGAAUGACUGAGUUUUACUCUAUAAGAAAGAUUAAAUUAUGAGAAAACCACUUUAACUUAGAACUGUAAACCUGAUAUUAAAAUGUCAAGUGUACUAUGAAUUCUGUAAAUCCUUUCAGAUGUUUAAAAGUUAGCUAUCCCCAUAUGUCCACUUCUGGGCUGUAAAACUCAAAGACUCCUUGUCUGUUAGUUUGAACUAUAUCUUUUCACCUCAUCAUUAAUUAAGAAACAUGCCUAUCAAAAUAGAAAAAAAAGUGCAAAGCUUCAGAGAUGACUUCAUACCUUAAUAUACACCCCAAUCUUGCAAAUUGUCUAUCUCAGGUAUAUUCAGAGAUGCUGUGAUCCCCAGAAAUAUCCUUGUAGUGGAACACUGCCCAUAAAGGCAAGUCACACAUCAGUAUACUUCUCUGCAUUCCAAGUGCAUUUUGCAUUCUGUGGAUUCCCCUUUACCUAAGGUUAUAUCACGUAUCUACAAAUAACAGUUGUCUAGGGUCUUCCACUAUUAAUGCUGAAGGUCUCCUUGAUUAUCAACUUUCA